UUCUCUUGUCCCCUCAUUUGGUAACGGCCUGAGCAUGCUCCAAUUCAGCCACCCAUUGCCCCACGAUUGACCGGAGAUUGACUGACUAUACAUUCCAAAACGUUAGAAACAAUCACUCCUUUCCCUCUCAUCUUACCUCCUCCAGCCCUUCCAUGGAGAUCUUCAGCAAAGAGGCCAGAAAACAACACAAUAAUCUCAUAAUCUAAGCCUAGCCUGGAGAGGAGAAGGAGGGGUGCGCGGGAGAGAAGGCUUCUCUUUCUGUUCUUUCUUCUUCCACCUUUCUAUGUUCAUUGGCGUACAGGCCAUUUGCAUUCCCUUCCUGUACGCCAUUAAUUGAUUCUCACCUUCCAACCAUGCCGAAGGCUCUUGCGCUUUCCUUGUGCUCCCACCUUGCUUUUGCAUGCCUCUUUUCCCUCUUCCAUUCCCUUUGCGCGGCCAAUAACGGCCCCAAACCGCUGCUUUUGGCCUGCGGCGGAGCCGCCGGCGUCGACGACGAGGGCCGGAAAUGGGAACCGGACGAGAAGUAUUUGGGAUCCGAGAAAGGAGUUGCGGCCAAAGCGGAUGUCCAGGACCCCUCGCUUCCUUCCCUGGUUCCGUACAUGUCCGCUAGAAUCUUCAAAUCAGAGGCGUCGUACAAAUUCCCCACCGACGCGGCGGCGCAGGCUAAUCGCAUUCUGGUUCGCCUCUAUUUCUACCCGUCUUCGUAUCCCGGUUUCGACAUUUCCAAAUCCUUCUUCUCUGUAUCCGCCGGGGGCGUCACUCUGUUGAAGAAUUUCAGCGCGUUUCAGACCGCCGAGGCCCUGACGCAGGCGUACAUCGUCAAGGAGUAUUUCCUGACCACCGCCCCCACCGUGGAGCUCAAAUUCAAGCCGUCGGAUGGUGAUGGUUCAUUUGCUUUCGUCAAUGCUAUAGAAGUCAUUCAAACGCCGGACAUUUUUGGUUUAGGCUCGAUUUACAUGGCUGGAUUUCCGGACCAAACCCUAACGGUGGAGGACAAGCAAAUGGAGAUGAUGUACAGGUUGAACGUUGGGGGCCAAUACAUUCUUCCCGCCAACGACUCCGGCGGGCUGAUGCGUAGCUGGUUCGAGGAUUCCCCCUUCGUUUUUGGAGGUACCGCCGGAGUGACCGUAGAAGGUAACAAAACGGCAGAGUACGGUGAUACGCCGACGUAUGUGGCCCCGAUCGACAUUUACAAAUCGUACAGAUCUAUGGGUCCAGACGCGAAUCUGAACGAGAAGUAUAACCUAACCUGGGUAUUUCGGGUGGACGUCAAUUUCUCGUAUCUUCUGCGGUUCCAUUGGUGCGAAACCAUGGAAAACGUGACCAAGGUAAACCAGAUCGUCUUCAAUGUGUACGUGAACAACCGGACGGCGGAGGAGAACAUCGAUGUGGUGGCUCUAGGAUCGGAACGACUUGGGAUCCCUGUGGUGCGGGAUUACCUAGUGACCGUCAAAGAUGGCGGCGGAGAUGACCAAAUGUGGGUCGCUCUCCACCCCUCCUCCACCGCACAGUCCAACUAUAUCGACGCCUUCGUCAACGGGAUCGAGAUUUUCAAACUCUCAAACUCUGAGAAGAGUCUGGCUGCUCCCAAUCCUUCAAUGUCAGACAUGAAGAAGAAGUAUGAAUUAGAAGGGGAAAGGGAGGCGCACUUCGAAGAGGGUAAGCCGUUGAUCAGCAAUCCCGCUGUCAUCGGCGGAGCAACCGGGGGAGCAGCGGCGUUUGGGCUCGCAGCCGUCUUGUUCCUGGUCGCGUACAACAGGAAGAAGAGAGUAGCUGGAGAUACAAGCAGCUGGCUCCCGAUCUACGGGAACUCUCACACAUCAUCCAGAAGCAAAUCAGGUUCUGGGAGUCAAAGCUGCGCCACCAUCUCCACCGACGCAGCAGCCAACUGUCGCUACUUCUCGCUGGCAGAAAUCAAACAGGCGACCAAGAAUUUCGACGAGUCGAACGUGAUUGGGGUGGGUGGGUUCGGGAAAGUGUACAAAGGGGUGAUAGAUGGGGACAUGAAGGUGGCAAUAAAGAGGUCGAACCCAUCAUCGGAGCAAGGGGUGAAUGAAUUCCAAACAGAAAUCGAAAUGUUGUCGAAGCUCCGGCACCGGCAUCUGGUGUCCCUCAUCGGAUUCUGCGAAGAAGACAAUGAAAUGGCUUUGGUUUAUGACUACAUGGGGCGGGGGACUUUAAGAGAGCAUCUGUACAACAAAGGCAGCAAUAAGACGACUGGUCUGUCUUGGAAGCAACGGCUGGAGUUGUGCAUCGGCGCUGCUAGGGGGCUUCACUACCUUCAUACCGGAGCUAAAUACACCAUCAUUCACAGGGAUGUCAAGACAACAAACAUUCUUCUGGAUGAGAAAUGGGUGGCAAAAGUUUCAGAUUUUGGAUUAUCAAAAACCGGCCCAGAUAUGAACAAAGGCCAUGUGAGUACAGUGGUGAAGGGCAGCUUCGGGUACCUCGAUCCUGAAUACUUUAGAAGACAGCAGUUGACAGAGAAAUCAGAUGUGUACUCAUUCGGGGUCGUUCUGUUUGAAGUGCUGUGUUCCAGGCCGGCUCUAAACCCAAGCCUUCCUAAAGAGCAAGUCAGUCUCGCCGACUGGGCAAUGAGUUGCUACAGAAAAGGGACGAUCGAAGACAUCGUUGAUCCUCAUAUUAAAGCAGAGAUCAAACCGGAAAGUCUGAAGAAAUUCAUUGAGACAGCGGUCAAAUGUUUAGCUGAUCAUGGCACAGAUAGGCCUUCCAUGGGAGACGUUUUGUGGAACUUAGAAUUUGCACUUCAACAACAACAAGACAACCAAACAGCAGACACAGCUAAGCGAACGAAUUCAAAAUCAUCUCGAAGCGUAGAUUGCGACAAUGAGGUGGAGGAGGAGGAAGGAGAAGUGAUGGAUCAUAAUAGUCUCUUGGCUAUGCAUAGAAGUGUAUUGAGUCUUGGGAGUGAGGAUGGGUUUGACGAGAAUGGUGUGUUUUCCCAAAUUGUCAACCCUUCAGGGAGGUAAUGUAAUGCACGUGGCCGUACAUUUUUUUAAUUAUUGUUGAAAUAAAUAAAAAUGUAUACAUAUAUACACAUUGGUGAUGUACAUUGUUAGGUUAAUUUAACUAAACUAACUCAUAUUAUGAUGCAAAUAUUGAUCUUGUAAGUACUAUUUAGUUGGUGUUGUCCUUAUCACACAUUCAUUUCAUUUGUACUUCCAAUAGCCCAUGGCUGAUGUAUCCAUUAAGUACAGUGUUUGGGGUAUUGAUUGACCAGAUUAGGUUAGACAUGCAUUCGAUCC